CUUGCUGGUACGCUCGCUUUCCUUGCAUCUCUAGGGGAUGGCAGCAAUCAUAUCCCAGCUGUCUGUAUUGAGGAAGGUCCUAAUGCGGCAUAUAUAAACGUAUUACUUGCCGUAAACAAGCUCGAAUUUGAUGAUGGACGGCAAAUUCUUGAAAGGUUGAAGAAAUCAUUUGAUGGGAUCUUCUCUCUUUUAGAUCGGGACUAUGGCGCAAGACCCAGGCCAACGAAUGCCCUACAUACUUCUGCUAAGAACGACGGGCCGGCUGGCUUAUCCUACCUAGAGGAUGAUGUGUUCAAAGCCAUCAUAUAUAUGUGCCGAGGGCGUAUCAUUCAUCGUUUACGUUUCGCUGGCCAGAGGCAAUCAAUUAAAACGACUCUUCAAACAGCCUUUUACUACCUCAAGCAUGCAGAGCCAUGGAAGAUAAGAAAUCAAGAGGGUUUAAUUACACGAAACUCAUUCAUCAAGAGAGCGAGAGAAGUUCUAAAAUUAGUCGAUUCUUGGGUUAAGCAUCAAACAGAUGCCGAAUUAGAAGGUCUCGUGGAAGGUAUUCGAUGCCUUCGGCAAGUAGGCCACUUAGAGACACUGAUCGAAGAAAUACCCGACAAUGUCAUGCAACCUAACCUGAGAGAUUCUCUCAUAAAUAUGAUUAGCAAAGUCGCCAGAUAUCGCGACGCAGCCAGAUUUCUAUACCGUAUAGGGAAGACGAUUCCUCUAACCCGCAAAAUGCGUGCUGUCAUCGUCCAGUGGCCCAAAGCUGCAUUUGCUCGGCCUACAAACAGCCAAUACUUUCCCAAUCUUGACACCACAAUCUCGCUCGUCGAGGGGCUUCAGAGCAACGAGAAGGGCCUAAAACGUAUCUGUCUCUUGCUGAAUGCCGACGAAAAGGCUGAGAGCCGCCGCUUGACACGGGAGAAGGCGAGAGAUAAAUUCACAACACAAACAUACCGGACCCUGCGCGAGGCCAAAAUCCACGCCGAGAUCCAACUGCUGUACCACUGCGAGCUAAACAUACCUCACAACCGGCUGCCGCGCGUCGUAUGCUCAAGCAAAGACGCGUGCUGGCUCUGUAACGAGUUCAUUCUACUCUACGAGAAGAUCCACACGCCGAAAUCCCACGGCAGGUUGUAUCCCGGGUGGCGUCUACCAGUUUUUGAAAACGACGAUCUAGCUGAUAGGUAUAACUUGCGGUUGCAGAACACUUUCAAGAAGAGUUUGAAGACGCUAUUUUCGGGGAAGAAGAAAACACUUCAUCCGUACCCAAACGAGAGCACCCUGCUUACGUUGUACUUGUCGGACUCGACGCUUUCGAGUGUACAUCUACCCCUAGGGGAUGAGAAGGGGAAGGCUGUGCAGCAGGUGGUGGAAGAGGUGGUGCUUCGGCCUGAGGAGCUUGAUGCAUGUGAACUGGUAUUUCCGGGAGGCGUAGAAGCUGUCGCGGAAGUAGAGGAAGUGGAAGAGACAGAAGGGAUAACGGAAGUGGUGGAAAUAGAAGGGGUAGAGAGAGUAGAGGAUGUAGAAGACGAAGAACAAACGGGGGACAGCGUGGGGGAAAUAACGAGUCCAGAAAGAAUGAAACUAGAGGGAUUACAGGAGUCCCAAUUUUUAGAAGAAACGAAAGAGGUAAGAGAGGUGGUAGGUCAAGUACAGAAUGUUAGGGAAGUGGAGGUCAUGACACCGGUAAUACCUAUUGAUCAUGGGGGAGGCCCCUAUAGAACUCAUGAUAGCUACGGGUUUCCGGAACGCUGGAGUAGCGGGUGUAGUUCGAGCUCCUCCGAGGGAAGCAUAACGCUCGAGUUUGGUAAGGUGAGAUCUAAGAAGAUCUGGAUGGGAAACUCCACUCCGCUAUACAACGCAGGGCCUUUAUUAAACAUACAGGUCGAAUAUGCUAAAAGCCAAACUCCGGAGGCAUCAAACAAUCUUCACAAAAAGUUGUCAUAUUCACUUGAACGGCUAAGGUCCGAAGAUGUGGAGAAGUUACGGGAUAGGGGUGUGGUUCCAAUUGCCGGCGCAGAGUUGCCUGACCACUGGGUGGAGAGUAACACGGAUGAGGAGGGCUGCAUCUACAUUUCUAACGGCGAUACGGUGAUGAAGCUCCUCUUACGGCCGAUAUUGGAAUAAUCUCGUCGCGACUGGGAAUCGGUUUGAGCGGCGGAUAUGACCGGCCGAACUAGAUCCACUAUUCCGAACAGAACCAUCACAUACCCAACCGAACAAAUUACCAAUAAAAUGAAAAAAAAAAUCAACAUGCCUUGGAAAUAUAUGAC